AGCCCGCUGGCGGUGGCGGCGGCGGGGCCGAGACCGGGCGUGUGACGAGUGUCGCCUGAUCAAAUCGAGAUGCAGAGCACUUCCAAUCAUCUGUGGCUUUUAUCUGAUAUUUUGGGUCAAGGAGCGACUGCAAAUGUCUUUCGUGGAAGACAUAAGAAAACCGGUGACUUAUUUGCUAUUAAAGUUUUUAAUAACAUAAGUUUCCUUCGUCCGGUGGAUGUUCAAAUGAGAGAAUUUGAAGUCUUAAAGAAACUCAAUCACAAAAAUAUUGUCAAAUUAUUUGCUAUUGAAGAGGAGACAACAACAAGACAUAAGGUCCUUAUUAUGGAAUUUUGUCCAUGUGGAAGUUUAUAUACUGUGUUAGAAGAGCCAUCUAAUGCCUAUGGAUUACCGGAAUCUGAAUUUUUAAUUGUUUUGCGAGAUGUGGUGGGUGGAAUGAAUCAUCUGCGAGAGAAUGGCAUAGUGCACCGUGAUAUCAAGCCAGGAAAUAUUAUGCGUGUUAUAGGGGAAGAUGGACAAUCUGUAUACAAACUCACAGAUUUUGGUGCAGCUAGAGAAUUAGAAGACGAUGAGCAGUUCGUUUCUCUAUAUGGCACAGAAGAGUAUUUGCAUCCUGACAUGUAUGAGAGAGCAGUACUAAGGAAAGACCAUCAGAAGAAAUAUGGAGCAACUGUUGAUCUUUGGAGUAUUGGGGUAACAUUUUACCAUGCAGCUACUGGAUCACUGCCAUUUAGACCAUUUGAAGGGCCACGUAGAAAUAAGGAAGUGAUGUAUAAAAUAAUCACAGGAAAGCCUUCUGGUGCAAUAUCUGGAGUACAGAAAGCAGAGAAUGGACCAAUUGACUGGAGUGGAGAGAUGCCUGUCUCUUGUAGUCUUUCUCGGGGUCUUCAGGUUCUGCUUACCCCUGUUCUUGCGAAUAUCCUUGAGGCUGAUCAGGAAAAGUGUUGGGGUUUUGACCAGUUUUUUGCAGAAACAAGUGAUAUACUUCACCGAAUGAUAAUUCAUGUUUUUUCACUACAACAGAUGACAGCUCAUAAGAUUUACAUUCAUAGUUAUAACACUGCUACUGUAUUUCAUGAACUGGUAUAUAAACAAACCAAAAUUAUUUCUUCUAACCAAGAACUUAUAUAUGAAGGACGACGCUUAGUUCUAGACCCUGGAAAACUGGCGCAGAAUUUCCCUAAAACUACUGAGGAAAAUCCAAUCUUUGUUGUAAGCCGGGAACCUCAGAAUACCAUAGGAUUGAUAUAUGAAAAAAUUUCCCUCCCUAAAGUACAUCCACGCUACGACUUAGAUGGGGAUGCUAGCAUGGCUAAGGCAAUCACAGGAGUUGUAUGUUAUGCAUGUAGAAUUGCUAGCACAUUGCUGCUUUAUCAGGAAUUAAUGCGAAAGGGUAUACGGUGGUUAAUAGAAUUAGUUAAAGAUGAUUAUAAUGAAACUGUUCACAAAAAGACAGAAGUUGUUAUCACACUGGAUUUCUGCAUCAGAAACAUUGAAAAAACUGUGAAAGUCUAUGAAAAAAUGAUGAAAAUCAAUCUAGAAGCAGCAGAGUUAGGUGAAAUUUCAGAUAUACAUACCAAAUUAUUGAGACUUUCCAGUUCUCAAGGAACAAUAGAGACUAGUCUUCAGGAUAUCGAAAGCAAAUUAUCUCCAGGUGGAUUGCUGGCAGAUACAUGGGCCCAUCAAGAAGGCACACAUCCAAAAGAUAGACAUGUUGAAAAGCUCCAAGUUCUGCUAAAUUAUAUCACAGAGAUUUACUAUCAGUUCAAAAAAGACAAAGCAGAACGUAGACUAGCUUAUAACGAAGAACAAAUCCACAAAUUUGAUAAGCAAAAAUUAUAUUACCAUGCAACAAAAGCUCUGACCCACUUCACAGAUGAGUGCGUUAAAAAAUAUGAGUCCUUUUUGGAUAAAUCGGAAGACUGGACGAGGAAGAUGCUUCAUCUAAGGAAACAAUUAUUAUCACUAACUAAUCAGUGUUUUGAUAUUGAAGAAGAAGUAUCAAAGUACCAAGACUAUACUAAUGAGUUACAAGAAACUUUACCUCAGAAAAUGUUUGCAGCCUCCAGUGGAAUGAAACAUACCAUGACCCCAAUUUAUCCAUGUUCUAACACAUUAGUGGAAAUGACUCUUGGUAUGAAGAAAUUGAAAGAAGAAAUGGAAGGAGUGGUUAAAGAACUUGCUGAAAAUAAUCAUAUUUUAGAAAGGUUCGGCUCUUUAACAAUGGAUGGUGGCCUUCGCAAUGUUGACUGUCUUUAGCUUUUCUAAGCAGUUUGAGAAAACUAGUUUGCACAAGAAGAUGAAGCUGAGACAUUAAAUGAAUAAUUCUGUAGGUGAUCUUCUGUUUCUACAAUUCAGUAUUUGAUGUGGUUGUGUAAAUAUGUACAAUAUUGUAAAUACAUAAAAAGUAUAUAAAUUUUUGGCUGCUGUUGAGAUGUAAUUUUACCUUUUAACCUUUAUAAUCAUAUGAGGAUAUUUGACCUCAGUGAGCACUCAAAGAAAGCCAUGACAGUUAUGCUGAGAAAUGGAUCCUUUACCUUUCUGACUAGGGCUACUAUGUCUUAUGUCUCUGCCUGCCUUCUGAAACAUUUGACAUGAGCCAAAGCUGGCAUCCAUCCAAAUCAGAAAGCACAGACAGUUGACACAAUUGAAGUGGUAAAAAAGAGAGGUGGCUUUCGUGAGGGAGGAACCAAACCGAGCCACUAUUGAUUACAAGGUUCAUAAUAUUUCUGAGAAGGAUGAGAUGGCAUUAUUUCAUUUUUUAUAAUGCCCAGAUCCCAGUUAUUGUUGUAUUGGUUUCAUUUCAGAUUAACUAUUAAGCCAAUUUUAUAAUGAUUUAAUUGUUAGUCUAUUCAUUUUAUUUUCAGUCGUAAGUAUAUAAUUGUCAUAAAAAUUUACGAUGAUUUCAACUGUUCAAAGCUGUAUAUUUCUUCUUUAAUUCUGCUUACCACCUCAUGAAAAAGUACCAAUAAAUUUCUCAGUUUUAAUGUAAAAA